CACUGCACUAAAUCUUUUGUCAUUUGUUUUAUUUAACAUCAUUGACAAUCAUUGACAUCAUUCACGUUUGAACUUCGAUUGUGUCUUGUUCUUUUUUACUUUAAAUUCUCUAGUUAACUCAAAAUGAAGCCUAAAUCGGGUCUUACGCGUUUCCAUAACUGUUAUAUUCUUCGUGAUAGUAAAAUAAUGAAGGAAGACUUGUGGAUAAGGGAUGGUAAAAUUGAAAAUCCUGAAUUUAUAUUUUAUGUGGAACAACUGGAGGCCGAUGUAACUGUAAACUGCGACGAUUUAGUCAUCGCACCGGGUUUCAUUGACAUACAAAUUAAUGGUGGCCUAGGCAUAGACUUCUCAUACAACCAUGAAAACGUAGAGCAGGGCAUUGAAAAAGUAGCCAAAGAGCUGCUGAAGCAUGGUGUUACUGCCUUUUGUCCUACUAUGGUAACUUCAGACAAGGAAACCUAUCGGCAGAUCUUACCUAGAAUAAAAAAGCGCCAAGGUGGUGAACAUGGAGCUACUGUCCUUGGGGUGCAUUUAGAAGGGCCUUUCAUCAGUCUGGCCAAGAAAGGAGCUCAUUCUGAUGAAUUUAUUAAAAGCCCUGAAAGGGGCUUGGAUUCAAUCCUCGAAACAUAUGGAUCUCUAAACAAUGCUGUAAUAGUAACUUUAGCUCCUGAACUACCAGGAGCAACAGAAGCCAUUAAAGGCUUAACAAGCCAAGGUAUAAGAGUGGCUUUAGGACAUUCUAGUGCGAGUCAAUCACAGGGUGAAGAAGCAGUGAGAAGUGGAGCGAAUUUAAUUACACAUUUGUUCAAUGCUAUGUUGCCAUUUCACCAUAGAGAUCCUGGCCUUGUUGGUUUGCUGGCUUCUACAACAGACAAACAAGUGUUUUACGGAAUAAUUUCCGAUGGAAUCCAUACUCAUCCAUCUGCAUUAAGAAUAGCAUGCAGGACUAAUCCUGACGGCUUGAUUCUCGUGAGCGACGCUAUAGAGGCCCAAGGCCUAGCAGACGGCAACUACAAUAUUGGAACAAAGUCCGUGACUGUCGAAGGCGGGCGUGCCUACGUAACUGGAACGAAAACGCUUUGCGGCAGUACCGCUGCUUUAGAUGAGUGUGUUACUAUUUUUAAAGAAGCCACAGCAUAUAGGACAGGAGGCGCUAUUAGCGUUUAGUGCACUCUACAUUCUCGUCGAGACAUCCCGGUCUCGGCUCUCGCUGAGACAGGACGAGACCGGGACUGGCUCUCCACAUUCUCGCCCGCACAGUUGUCCGUUCGGUAGUCAUACAAGAUGGAUGUGUUAGAUACGUCUGUAGCUGCAGCAUUAUGUGCUGUAGCAUAUUACAAUUUUUUGUUAAUUCGAGAAAAAUACUUAUUAAGAGACGUUGGAAUAGGCGCGGAUGGUGGAUAACAUCAAUACAUCGCAACAGAACACUACGGUUACUGCCGUGACAGGAAUGUGCAAGCAAACAGCUGCACUCAAAUGCAAAAUUGAAUUAUGUCACUAUGGUCUCGCACAAACAACAUUCUACAACACU